AUGGAGAAUGUGUCAUUUGACGAGGGUCCAGCACCCCAGGUCCUAGGAUGCCGGCUUGGAUCAUCAUGUCCAUACCUCCAUGAUGCCUUGGCUCUAGAGUCUAAUCGGUCUCCGUCGGAACAGCAGACACCCACUCAGCCUUUGCGUGGUGAUACCCAAACUCCUGUGCAGGAAAUCGUCGCCGAGGCCCAGAAGCUGGACAUCUGCGGUAAUCAGUCGAAGAGCUCUGCCGGUUCGCCGCCAGCCCAGCCCCAAAGACCGGUUUCUAAACUAGAGCAAUCAGACCCCAGAGAAUUCCAGAUCAACCAAUUGAGGCGGCGUUAUCGCCCACAGGAGAUCAAUGACGACCAAGGCUCUAUCUUGACCUUUGGAUUGGUUCCCUCUGAUCCUGACUUCCCAUUUGAGCUGGAGAGACUUCAAUGUGUCCUUCGUGUACCGGAAUCAUACCCCAAUGGGCGGCCUACGCUUACAGUGACCAAUUCUGAAAUGGAAGCUGCGUAUCAAGCCAAUGUUGCUAGGGGAUUCGACGAUAUUGUCGAUUUCACAAUCCGAACCAAUAAUCGGGGAACACUGCUAACCUGGCUGAACAGCUUGGACAAGCAGCUUGAGAAGCUACUUACUACCUUGGAGCGUGGGCCCACACUGAAAUUCGUCUCCAAUGUCGGUGAUUCCACUGCUACCAAGGAGCCCUCAAAGGCUCCAGAAAAAGCCCCGAGUCAGAGCUCUUCUAAUGUCAAUGCGACAGCACCAAACCCUCGUGCUAAAAAGCCAACUGUGGCAACACAAGCACGAAGUGUAGCUCCCAAACACUCAGCCGAGGCGAAAGCUACAGCUGAGAAGAGACGCGCACUCGAGACAAAACAACUCGAGGCGCGUCUUGGAAGAAUUCCUAUGUUCCAAAAGAUGCAAGAUGGGAGAACAUUCAUUAUUCCAGUCCAACCAGCCAAGAAGGAUCGCCUUCCUAGAGCACUUCAGGCACUCAAGACUGUGAGACUGAUUGUUCCAACCCUCUACCCGCUCGAUCAAAGUUCGAUUAAACUGCAGGGAGUUGAUGGACCAGAGGCGAAAGCCACAGAGGCAGGAUUCUCGCAGUGGAUUGAACAGACCUCGCAGCUGAAUCUGGUGUCUCAGAUCAACUACCUGGCAAGCAACAUGCAUAAAUUCGCUGAAACGCCUCUGCCAGAAGAGGAAAAGCCUAGUGAAGAAAUGUCUUCCACAGUUGAAGAAGAAGAAGAAGAAGAAGAAGAAGAAGUAGAGGACGAAGUAGAAGAGUCCACCGAGCCUCUAACUCAAGGCUCAGAAGAUCGACCCCAUCUCCAUGUUAUCCCUCGGCCACCAGAGUGGUCGGUUCCUGAUCCCCAUGGUGGCGCUGAGGGAACAACAGAAGAAUCCAGCUACGACGAAGAUGAAUACUCGGAAGAAGAAGAAAGCGAGGAAGGAGGCGCGCCUGUUCCCCCAUCGGUGGACACUGGCACCCCUGGACGAGGCGUCGCACUUUCAUUCCCAUUCUUGGAGCUUUAUGGUAUCGAGUUGUUGGAGCUUACUGCAUUGAAUAUCACUGUCAAGUGUGAUCGAUGCAAGACCUCCGUUGAUAUCAAGAACGUGCCUCAAGUUAGCGAUGAGAAGGGUGCCAUGCCGAAAAUGGAAUCUUGCAAGAAGUGUGCUAAUAACAUGAGCAUUGCAUUCCGGAGACAGCUGAUGCACACUCAUGCCAACCGCGCUGGUUAUUUGGAUAUGGAUGGAUGCAUCGUUGGCGACAUGCUACUGAGCAACUUCAUCCCAACAUGUGCUGAAUGCUCAACCCCACAUCCAGCACCUGGUGUAUCCGCCGUUCGCGGAGAAAGUGCUAUGGCUAGUUGCCGUGAAUGUCAUCGCAAGAUGGUCUUCAAAAUUCCCGAAGUGAAGUUCCUCCUUGUAGGCAGCGCAGCCAUCUCGGCCCGCGGUGGUCUCCCCCUCAAAAGAAAGCCCAAGGAAGUCCUCGGUAUCGUCGCAGGCCAAGAACUCCCCAGGCGUGGUCGUUGCCAGCACUAUGCCAAAAGUCAACGUUGGUUCAGAUUUAGUUGCUGUGCAAAGGUUUUCCCAUGUGAUAAAUGCCACGAUGCGGAAACGGACCAUCCAAAUGAACAUGCAAACCGCAUGAUCUGCGGCUACUGUUCUCGCGAACAAGUUUACAGACCCGAAAAUUGUGGAAUCUGUAAAGCGAUUCUCAUUGGAAAGGCUGGUAGUGGAUUCUGGGAGGGUGGAAAGGGAACGAGGAAUCGUGCUUUGAUGAGUCGAAAAGAUCCUAGGAAGUUCAAAAGACGGGGUGGGAAUGCUCCUACUUCGAGUGCGUCGAAGAGGAAGUAG